GUUACCGCGUGAAUUGUAAGUAUCGUUACAGUUUGGUCGUUAUGUCCUGACAUUUAUGUUGUUUCGGGAUUUGAAGAUUCGUGGCUGAUUUUAAAAUCUUUGAAUUGUCGAUCUAAUAUCAACUAUACAUAAAUCAAAAUUAUGGGCAACUCUUCCAGUGGUCACAAGCGUAGACCGUCACUGGACGACGAUGUUCUCUCGAGCGUUCUUGCUGGUAAAAGAUAUGUAUAUCAAAUGUCACAUGACACUCCUGCCGAAGAUUCCGUGAUUAGCUUUGUUACUGGUAAUUCUGCCGUUCAUGCUAUUGCGGACCAACUCCGUGAUUCCAGACUUUAUGACUCAGGAGGCAAACCAAAUUUAUUCCUUGGAGGACAGGCUCCAGGUCUAGAUAUGUCAGAAGAAAAUCAACCUUUGCAGAGUGUACCAACUGUCUUUAAGUGGGAUGGAGGAGGAAAAGAUGUUUACAUAAGUGGAACAUUCAACGGUUGGAGGUCGAAAAUCCCGAUGGUUAAAAGCUCAAGUAAACACAACUUUUAUACGAUCAUUGAUCUUCCUCUUGGUGAACAUCAGUAUAAAUUUAUUGUUGAUGGUCACUGGAAGCUAGACCAAAACCAGCCUGUUUUUACUAGUCCGACCGGUGUUCAAAAUAACGUGAUUCAAGUCAAAGAGUCUGACUUUGAUGUACUUACUGCUCUAUCUCAUGAUAUGGCCAAUUCUCGUGGUGGUAAUGAAGACCGAUCCUCAACCUCCCAAGCUAUUCCAUUUCAAAUCAAUGAUGGAAAAUCUGAUGUGCCAGGGGCAUCAGAAGCAGAAAUUCCUCAUGUACCAAGUUCUGGGUCUGGUUCACCACCUGGCGAAUACAGCCGCUUUAUUCCUGCCACACCGUUGGAAGCUUUAUCUCCGCAAACUGGAAGUGGAGGAUCAUUACCUUCACCAGCAGUUCAUAAUAAUUCAAGUGAUCCUAAGAAAGCAUUAACACCUCCGUUAUUACCUCCACAAUUACUUCAGGUAAUUCUUAAUCGGGAUACAAAUGUUCAAUGUGAUCCAAAUUUAUUGCCACAACCAGAUCAUGUGAUGGUCAAUCAUAUGUAUGCUUUGUCUAUCAAGGAUGGUGUCAUUGUUCUUUCAGCUAUAACACGUUACCGGCAAAAAUUUGUCUCUACUGUAUUAUACAAACCGAUAUAAAAGAAAAAUAACAUAACGAUAAAAAAGAUAGAGGAGAGUAUCCAACUAUUUUACAAAUCGCUUUACUACUACUACGACCAGUACUACUAAUAUCAUCUUCAUUAUUAUUAUUUGUAAAUUCAAUCUAAUAUCGAAAUAUUGUUGAUAUAAAUCAUUAACUUUCAUUUAUCAUUAUUUUAUUACUAUUAUUAUUAUCAUCAUCACUAUUAUUCAUUUUUGCCAUAGAAAACAAUAAAAUGAAAUUAAAAGUGGAUGAAAGAGAGAUAGUUAACAAGUAAGUGAGACAAUGAUAAGCAACUUAUUGUUCAACAUUUUUGUUAACAUCAUUUAAAGAAUUGAGCUUUUUGUGCACAUUAUACCAAUUUAGUGUUUGUCUUUGUUAAUUCAAUAAUAAUUACCAAUAUAUAUUUGUUUUCAUUUGUUAUUAUUAUUUUCAUAAAUAAUUGUUACUACUAUGGUUAUUCUCUAUUUUUCUUGUCGAUAUUUCAUUAUGAAUCUAUUGAAUUGUUCGAUUAAUUAAUUGAUUAAUGAACUUUUGUUUUAGAGAAUGCUCUAAUUUACUCAUUCUCUCUUUUUCUUUUCAUGUGAAAAUAAAUAAAUCUUGUUAAGUGUUUAUUAAUAUCUAUUAUUGUUACUAUUGUUAUUAUUAUUAUUAUUAUUAUU